UACGAUGGCAGAAUUCAAGUCUUAAGAUCUAGUUUAAUAAUUUCAACAUGACUUCACUUUCGGUGCAGUGGAGAAGAAUGGGAAAUGAACAUUUUAAAAACAUUCCAAAAGAACUGUCACCAAUUCUGGUUAAGGAGCGUUUGAUAAAGGCAAAUAAUUGCUAUUAUAAAGCUGACAGUUAUGCUGGUAAUCCCGAAGAAAAAGCUUCAGCAAAGAAGAACUUAGCCGUUACUGCUGGCAGAAUUGCUGAAAUUUUCAGAAGACUUAAAGAGAAGAAUUCACAGAUUAAAUUUUAUUAUAAGGAGUGUUUGUCUCAGUUUAAAGAAGCCAUGACCAUUGGUAGUGACAAUACUGAAGAUUGGUUGAUUGACAUUGAAACAAAAUCUUUAAACGUAUGGCUCAAUCUUCAAGAGUUUCUUCUAGAUGAAAACAUGGAAGACCGAAUCAAAUCCUACGAAACAUUCAUACCUUUUAUAAUUGGUUCAGAAAUUAAGAGCUCAGCCUAUAAGGAUCUUGCCCGAUGUAUUUUCCAUUUAGCCAUAUCAAAAUUAGUGGAUAAGGACUACAAGGCAUCUCUAUCUUUAUUGAAAGGCGCGUAUUCACCUCUAACUGAAGCUAGCACUAAUACAAUAAGAUCAAAAAUUGCAGAAGAAGAAAUUGAAAAUUUAAGAGAAGAUAUAUUUGUACAGACAUGUAUAGCUGAAUCAAUGCAAGCCCUCAAUAUAGCUGAUGCUAUGUUAGAUUCUACAAUAUACAAUGAAGAAGAUGUUAAUUUUGACAAGAUUUGGGUCAUUAUUGAUGAUUAUAGAAAUGUUAUAAACCUUACAAGAGGUCGUGAUAUUGAGAUGGAAGCCAUUGCUAACUCUAGAAUUGGUAACAUUUAUUAUCCUAAAGAUGGACACUAG